AUGGCCGCCCAAGGCUACGGCUAUUACCGCGCUGUGAUCUUCUCAGCCAUGUUUGGAGGCUACAGCCUGUACUACUUCAACCGCAAGACCUUCUCCUUUGUCAUGCCGUCGUUGGUGGAGGAGAUCCCUCUGGACAAGGACGACUUGGGGCUCAUCACCAGCAGCCAGUCGGCAGCCUACGCCAUCAGCAAGUUUGUGAGCGGGGUGCUGUCUGACCAGAUGAGUGCCCGCUGGCUCUUCUCUUCUGGGCUGCUUCUGGUCGGCCUGGUCAACAUAGUCUUUUCCUGGAGCUCCAUGGUACCUGUCUUUGCUGCUCUCUGGUUCCUCAAUGGCCUGGCACAGGGGCUGGGCUGGCCUCCCUGUGGGAAGAUCCUGCGGAAGUGGUUUGAGCCAUCUCAGUUUGGCACCUGGUGGGCCAUUCUGUCAACCAGCAUGAACCUGGCUGGAGGGCUGGGCCCUAUCCUGGCAACCAUCCUCGCCCAGAGCUAUAGCUGGCGCAGCACGCUGGCCCUGUCUGGGGCGCUCUGUGUAGUUGUCUCCUUCCUCUGUCUCCUGCUCAUCCACAAUGAACCCGCUGACGUUGGGCUCCGGAACCUGGACCCCGCCCCCUCCAAGGACAAGAAGGGCUCCUCGAAGGAGGAGAGUACUUUACAGGAGCUGCUGCUGUCCCCCUACCUGUGGGUACUGUCCACCGGCUACCUCGUGGUAUUUGGAGUAAAGACCUGCUGUACUGACUGGGGCCAGUUCUUCCUCAUCCAGGAGAAAGGACAAUCCGUCCUCGUGGGUAGCUCCUACAUGAGUGCCCUGGAGGUUGGGGGCCUUGUAGGCAGCAUCGCAGCUGGCUACCUGUCAGACCGGGCCAUGGCAAAGGCAGGCCUAUCCAUCUACGGGAACCCUCGCCAUGGCCUGUUGCUGCUCAUGAUGGCUGGCAUGACCGUGUCCAUGUACCUCUUCCGGGUCACUGUGACCAGUGACUCCUCCAAGGAUGUUGCUUUCUGGACUCCAGCUCUUCACCCUCUCGCUGAGCUCACAGGCUUUACGGAGCACGAGCUCUGGAUCCUGGUGUUGGGAGCCCUGUUCGGUUUCUCCUCCUACGGUCCCAUUGCCUUGUUCGGAGUUAUAGCCAAUGAGAGUGCUCCUCCCAACUUGUGCGGCACCUCCCAUGCCAUUGUGGGACUCAUGGCCAACGUGGGCGGCUUUCUGGCUGGGCUGCCCUUCAGCACCAUUGCCAAGCACUAUAGCUGGAGCACAGCCUUCUGGGUGGCCGAAGUGAUCUGUGCAGUCAGCACAGUCGCCUUCUUUCUGCUACGAAACAUCCGCACCAAGAUGGGCCCAGUGCCCAAGAAGGCUGAGUGA